GCCAACACGGCUACCAAGUCAGUAAAGUUGCUAACCCAAGCUGAGGUAAAAAAAUCACCUCAGGAAAGUAACCCCGAAUCAACUGUCAGUGCCUCAGAGACUGUGGCUAACAUAAGGCAGGUCUGGAGAGCUGAUCAGGGGAUUAAUAAAGACUUUAUGGAGCCAGUGAUUUUAAAUAAUCAAGAAUAUUUGGGUUUACGUGACACAGGUGCAGAAGUGAGUCUGGUUAGAUCACACUGUGUGACACAGGAUCAGUACCUUAAAGACCAAACUUUUAGUCUGAAGGGAAUAUGGGGUCCUGAGUUCGAGGUUCCGGUAGCAGAAGUGGAUAUUGUUUAUAAUGGCGUGAGGAGAAAGUGGAAAGUGGGCGUCUGGGAUAACAUCGAUACACCAUUUCUGAUAGGCAAUGACGUAAUCAAGCCUGAAUUUAAGGUUCAAGUUGUCACUAGAGCCCAAACCGAAGCAAAAGGGAAUCCAUUAACUGCAGUAGAAGAGGCCCAAGCCGAUCCUGAGGGGAACGGAAUGUUGGGGAGAAUGUCAGUUGUAACCACCAUAACUGCCAACAGGGCCCAGUUCCUAGCAGAACAGAGGGAGGAGGAAACUCUGAAGGGACUGUGUGAAGAAGAUAAAGGGCAGUACGGCACAGUGGUGUCAGUAGAAAGGCCCAGGGUUUCUUGUAUAAAGGAGGAACCACUAAUUAGUAAAUCUGAGACAGGCAAAACUGCAGCGGAGUGGGAAAGCAAAGAGCAAUCAGUGUUGCCAGAGAAGACCAGUCUGCAAGAGCCGCAAUUGGCACAUGAUGCCCCCACAACAGCGCAUUUUGAAAUAAGCCAAAAGGAGAUAGUCCAAAACCAAAUUUACUGGACUGCUAUAAACAAAGACACCAGAGGUUCUAAAAGGGAGAACAGUUUUAUUUUAGACCUCGCGGACAGAGCCCUAAGAUUACCAGAGGAGAUUCCUCUGAGGGAGAACAGAGAUAAGACUGUGUUCAAAGUCAAUGGAAAUGAUUUAACAAGACAGAGCUUACCUAAGGAGCUCAUAGCCGACUUGGGUAUGAAGGAGGUGUUGCCACUUGGCGGAGUUAGCUGUGUAGGGACGGCAAAUAGCUUCCCGCAAACCAAGGAGCUUAGUGAAAAGAAUGAGGGAACACCGACCUCGUCUGUGACACCUUUUCCUUAUCACCAACAUUACAGGGUGGCUGAACGUCGGCAACCAUCUGUGUUAAGUUUUGACUUACUUGUUCAGGAAGGCAAGGUUUAUAGCCCUUCUGAGCUGGUAGAUGGACAGCAAACCAGUGCACUGUUACAUCUAUUACUGCCUGAAAGGAAGGAGGAAGAGAGCGUGGCACAUCCAGUGAUUAUAUCUAGCAUACUGGAGCUGCCUUGCUAUGUGCCAGAGACUGAAAGGCAAGCUGUAAGCAGAGUGCACAGGGCACAGCAGUGCUUGGAAUCAGGGGGUGCAUUCCUAAUUACAAAUGGGAAUCCCUUGCAUGGCAAAAAGGAAGCUCGAAAAUGCCAAGGUGCUGCACAUUCGUCAUCUUGUGAUCCUGCUGAGGCCGAGUAUGUUCCAGCGAGGAGUCGGAAACAACGGGAGGUCCACAGGAAAAUGAUUGCCCGAAAGCGAAAGUGGCUUGAGAUUUGCUUGCGCCGGACUAUUGCACCGAGAGGCAUGUUCCAGUACCAUCUGAAACUGUCUGCAGAGUCGUCAGUGCAAGGCAGAAGAUCUGCUCAACGCAUGGCCGGUGCAGCGCAAUGAAGGAAAAGCGACGCGGCAGGAGGAGGAAAAAGGACUUGUUAAAGUGCAACAAUUUUCUUCCAAUGCAGAGUCGUCAGGAGUCCCACUGACUAACACAGCUAAAGACAAUCUUAUGCACCACUUAUCGAGACUUAUUCCUUCUAAAGUCAUAAUUGACUGGUGGGAGGAGGGUUUCUUUUUAUUUAUUAGGUGUCGCAAGAAGAAUUGCUGAGAACAAGUGCCUUCAUCAUUUGGGGAGAAUCUAUUGUGCUUUUGUUGAAGGUGACAACUUGAUCUUUUUAUGACAGCAGUGUAUUUCAAUGUUGCUAGAAUUUUGAAAAUGUUUUUGAUGGUAUGGUAUCAAUUCUGUUUUGGUUGGGACACAUAAAUGUUUAGUGUAUAAUUUUUGGGGAAAACCCUGAUUUUUGAAUAGAAGGAAAGGUUUAAUUUUACACUAUAUAUACAUAGGUGGGUAUUAUUGGGAAAAUGCAUUCUAUUUCUUUUGAAAUGUUAAAGUGUAUAGUGCAUAUGUAAGCGUGUAUAUCUGAAGUCUAGGUUAACUGCAGGUAUAGGGGUAAGUUUAGCAGGGGAAUUGAGAGUUGCAACACAGGUUUGUGUAAACAGCGCACCUGGGGGGAAGGUAAGCCAGGAAAUUCACGACUCUAUCUCCCUGCUUCGGCAUUACUCUGAUAUUUUUGAGUAUGCCUGCGCAAGGGUUUUCGGGGGAGGGGAGAAAAUGUGACGGAUUGGCCUGGUGGGCAAAAGAACUCCAGGGUGCAGAGAGUUAAACCCCAACCUCCUGGAUAAAUGACGCAUUCCAUUCCUGAGGGGCGGGACUGCCAGGAGUUUAAAAGGAAUGGGAGGGAGUUAAUUCGGGUGAGAGGGGUGUGCGAGCGAGGGAGAGGUGGUUAGGCAGUUGGCAGUUGGGAGUUAGGGAGUUGGUAGAGAGUAGAGUGCUAAAGAGG